CCUGGACAAAACAUUUUCGUGGCCCAGAGGAUUUUGGCCUAUAGGUUCUAACUUUUCCCUAAGUAAUAAAUGUUCGCACGCCGAGGGACGAUAUGAAAGGGGGAAGCCAGGCAGGUUUUGUCUAGCAGAGAUCUCGAUUGCCGACCAAGUAGACUGAAAACGGAGCGGCAAUCCGCGAUGCGAACCGCGGCACAUGCGCGCAGGGGAAAAGGACGGUAUCGAGCCAGGCUGGUGGCUUGCCCGUCAACAGACGGUGCCGCACCGUCAGUUUCUUCCGCCGCGCCUGAAAGGCGUUCAGUGUCGCACCGAGGAAACGCGCGCUCCUCGCAGAACCGUACGUUCGCUUUUUUUUUUUCUUUAUUUUCACCCCCACACGAGGCUGAAACGUGUGCGCGCGUGCACAGUAGCGUGCAACCCAGGUGCCUGAGGAACCGUGGAAGAAUGUGAUCACGACUUCCGCUCGACCGUCGCCGUCGUUCAGCCGGUAAUUUCGCACACGGUGCAGCGGGGACCUAAAAUGUGCAAGCCAGCCAGGAAGAAACACUCUUAACGUCGAAUCGGACGAAACCCGACGCGUGUGCGUGCUGAUCGACACGGACAAAUCGGCGCCAGGAAGAUGACGAAAAGAUUCGAGUUCAAUUGGCAGAUCGAGGUACCGCCAGCGCUCCGUCAGGGAUGCAUGUUCGAUCGCUGGGGAGAAGAGAAGGAUAAUACGGACCUCGAGCUGAACUGCAUGUUCAAGGUUGACGAAUAUGCCUUCUUCAUCUACUGGCAGAGCGAGGGAAAGGAGGGAGACGUGAUAGAGCUGUGUCAAGUGAGCGACAUACGCGCCGGUGGAUUGCCGAAGGACCCGAAGCUGUACGACAAGCUCUUGACAAAGCACGGGGAGCAAUUGGAGGAGAAAAGUUUGACGAUCUGCUCCGGUGUGGAUUACACUAACAUCAAUUACCAACAUGUCGUCUGUCCAGAUCCAGCGACGGCUAAGGUAUGGCUGGAUGGCGUACGAUCGAUUACGCACAACGUGAAAGCCAACAACGUUUGCCCGCUUACGUGCUUGAAGAAACAUUGGAUGAGGCUCAGAAUGCUGGUCGAUCCGAAUGGAAAAGUUCCGGUGAAAGUGGUUGCGAGAACUUUCGCGUCCGGGAAAACGGAAAAGCUCGUCUAUCAGUGCCUCGCCGAUUUAGGCCUCCCUAGCGGAAAGAACGACGUCAUCGAGCCAGACGAUUUCACCUUCGACGCCUUCUACGCGCUCUACCACAAAAUCUGCCCGAGAAACGACAUUGAAGAAUUGUUUCAAUCUAUCACCCAGGGUAAAGCCGACACGAUCAAUCUGGAGCAAUUGGUUACGUUUCUGAACGAAAAGCAACGCGAUCCCACUUUGAACGAGAUUCUCUACCCUCUGUACGACGAAAAGAGAGCAAUGGAGAUCAUCAAAGAUUACGAGCAGAACGAGACGGCGCGAAAUCAAAAAACGAUGACGAAGGAUGGUUUCAUAAGGUACCUGAUCUCGGACGAAAACGCGCCGGUGUUCCUGGACAGGCUGGACGUUUACAUGGACAUGGACCAACCGCUGGCUCAUUACUAUAUUAACUCGAGCCACAACACGUACCUGAGCGGUCGUCAAUUUGGCGGCAAGAGCAGCGUCGAAAUGUACAGACAGGUGUUGCUCGCUGGUUGCAGAUGCGUCGAACUGGACUGCUGGGACGGCAAAGGAGAGGACGAGGAGCCUAUAAUCACGCACGGCAAGGCCAUGUGCACCGACAUCCUCUUCAAGGAUGUGAUAUACGCGGUAAGAGACACCGCGUUCGUCACAUCCGAGUACCCAGUCAUCCUCAGCUUCGAGAACCAUUGCGGCAAAAAACAACAGUACAAGUUGGCAAAGUAUUGCGACGAGAUUCUGGGUGAUCUGCUGCUGAAAGAACCCCUCAAAGAUUACCCCCUGGAACCCGGGACGCCUCUACCACCACCCAGCGCGCUCAAGCGCAAAAUCCUGAUCAAAAACAAACGUUUGAAGCCAGAGGUGGAGAAACACGAGCUGGAACUGUUCAGACAAGGUCAGUUCGUCAUCGAGGACGAAGUCAAAGAGGACGCCAGCGCGUUGCCAACUGUGGCGGCGGUCGUUGAACAGCAAUCGGUAAAGGAAGAAGCGUCGACAGUCGAAUCCGUCGCUUCGUCGACGACAGGUAACCCACCGCAAGCUGUUGCCAGCGCUGGCUUGGGCGACAGUUUGGAGUUGGCAGUGGUUCAACCGUACACAGGAAGCACAACGAAUGUGCAUCCGUUGCUGUCAUCCAUGGUUAACUACGCUCAACCUAUCAAGUUCGUGGGCUUCGACAUCGCCGAACAGAAAAACAUUCAUCACAACAUGUCUUCCUUCGCGGAGAACACCGGGCUGAACUACCUGAAGACGCAAGCCAUCGAGUUCGUCAAUUACAACAAGCGACAAAUGAGCAGAAUUUACCCGAAAGGCACUCGGGCGGACUCAUCGAAUUACAUGCCACAGGUCUUCUGGAACGCUGGCUGCCAAAUGGUGUCCCUCAAUUUCCAAACCGCGGAUCUACCUAUGCAACUGAACCAAGGGAAGUUCGAGUACAACGGCUCGUCGGGAUACCUUCUGAAACCGGACUUCAUGAGACGAGCAGACAGGAGCUUCGACCCUUUCGCGGAGAGUCCCGUAGAUGGUGUGAUCGCCACGCAGUGCAGUGUUCAGGUAAUAGCGGGUCAAUUCUUAUCCGACAAGAAAGUCGGGACGUACGUGGAGGUGGAGAUGUACGGUCUACCCACGGACACGAUUCGCAAAGAAUUCCGCACGAGAGUAGUACCAGCAAACGGCCUGAAUCCUGUUUACAAUGAAGAACCCUUCCUGUUUCGUAAAGUCGUCCUCCCCGAUCUGGCGGCUCUGCGGUUUGCAGUCUACGACGAGUCUAACGGCAAGCUUUUGGGCCAGAGGAUCGUCCCUUUGGAUGGUUUGCAGUCAGGCUAUCGACAUAUAUCCUUGCGAACAGAAGCCAAUUUCCCCAUGUCUCUGCCUAUGCUGUUCUGCAACAUUGAAAUCAAGAUCUACGUGCCGGAUGGCUACGAAGGACUUAUGGACGCACUCACUGCACCACGGGCCUACAAAAAACCGGAGGGAAUGUCGCAGAAUAAAAUGCGCGGCCUCGGAAUAGAAGAAAGCGACAACAGGGGUAACGACUCCGCGCCUCCUCAUCAUCGCGAGCCACCUAAACCCAGAGAGGAGAUGAAGUUCGAUCCCAUAACGGCGGAAGUGUUGCGUCAAGAGAAGGGUUAUCAGAAAGUGUUGAGGAAACAGCAGAAGGACUUGGAGUCAUUGAAGAAGAGACAGCAGAAAGAGAAACUUACCGUCCAGAAGCAACACUGCGUUGCGAUAGAGAAGAUUAUCAAAGGGAAAAAGUACGUAACAGUUCGCUUGCUUCGCUUUCGUGGCAUCGUAAUCAUGCCUUCGAUAAAGAGGCGAGCGUCUGUUUCUUGUUUCGACAGCAAAGCGGAGCUUUCGAGGGACCCAACCGUCCGUCGAGCAGUCUCCGAGCAGACCGUACAGUGGUCCCGGCUGGCCGACAGACAACGUCGCGAGGAACGCGAUUUGGUUCGUUCACACCUGGAGGAACGACGGAACACCUUGUGCAAACUGUGCAUGACCGCUCAGGUGUCUCAGCUGAAGCAGCUCGCGGCGCGACACGAGCGCGAGAUCAAGGAAAUGAACGCGAGACAGGCGAGACUCUCGGUGGAGAGCAUGAGGGAGGUGAUGAACGACAAAACCCUGAAGACUCGGGGUAUCAAGGAGGGCAGGCUCAGGGAAAAGCAACAAAACAAUACGAAGAAGUUCAUGGAGGAGCGGAAGAUCGCGCAGAUCAUCCAGAACAGGGAAAAGGAGAAGCUGAAGGUCAUUCACGAGAAGCAACUGGACGAACUGCAAAAGGACAUGAACGCGAUCAUGGACAUGUACAAAAACGAGGAAAUGGAGUACGAACUGGGCCCUAAAACCGAAUUCUACGUGUGAUGGCCAUCGCAUUCGUACCUCUGCAGCCGAGACGGUUCUAGAGAAACUGAGGUGCUGCGUUCAGAGAAUCCGCUAUAAACGUUAAUUACAAUUGGAAUUGGGAUCAAGCCUCGUUAGCCGUAGUUCUUCGAUCUGCCGACGUAAUCACGGGCAGCGCGAUCACGUCAGCGUCGCGAGAACCGGUAGCAACAAACAAACUCCGCGUUUAUCGUAACUCUAGUUCAUUCUCCUGGAUAUUUUUUUAUAAAAGAUGCAUCUUGUAACUCUCCAUACUCUCCGUCGCCGCACGAGCAAGUACCUAGACUAAGUAAGGGAGUCAAUAAAAACUAAAGUGAUCUAGUCAAGUUCUUAUAUUAACGAUAAGUAUAUAUAUUUAUUAUACGUACAGUAGGUCUGGUUCAAGUGUACGCGCACGAUUGCGUCUCCCACGAUCGAAGAGACGAAUCAAUCCGACUCGCGAAAAUUGAGAAAUAUUUGUCUGCCUUUGGUGAUUCGAGUAACGAUCGCGUGUACACCCUUGAACCGCGCGUACCGUGUACACGAGAAGCGGAGUCGUCGAUUUCAAUAUUUUUCGAUUGUUAACGCUAUUAUCGAAUUCUAUCGCGUGGAUGAACGAGCGAGCGACUGUGCGAGCACGUGUGUUUCAUUGCCUAACGCCAACAAGGAUUUGCUGUCACCGUGACGAUUUCUUUGCUAUAAUUGUACGUACUCCGAACAACGCUUGUUACGGUUGGAGGCAGUCGACAGGUCACGCCCGAGCAUUAACCGUGGUGUGUUGUCACCGACCGUGAUUAGAGUAUUAGAGCCCCGCGAUUUUCAGUCACGAUCGAGCAGGUACUCGUUUCGGGAAUCCUUUUUUCCCCCCUCGGAAGAGUACCCUCGCACGAAUGGUCCAAAGUCGUAACGUCGCGAGCCAAAAUAGCAAUGUACAUAAAACUGAACUAAAGGAGAGCCUAGCAUAAUAAUUACCACGUCGUUGUUUUCAUUCUAAUAAUGUUAUUUACACAAAUGAUUAUAUUAACCUAUAUUAUAUAUAUAUAUAUAUUGGAUAUAAAGGAGUAAGGAGAAAUAAAGAGAUUGCUAGCCCAAUU